CCAGCCUAGAAGUAACACAUGCAUGGACUAGUUUUUCUGCAUCAUUUUAGUAUCUUCAUGUAGAUUUAAAAAGGAAAAUAAGUGUAUUGAACAGAAAUAGCUAAAUUACAGAAAACUGACAAGCAAAGCAAAUUGUAUUCCCUUCAAGUAACCAUGUUGCACAGACUGGUGAUGACAUGGCUUAUUUAUUUAUUGUACUCAAGGGCUCAGCUGAGGGGAUUAUUUUACUUUAGGAGAGUUAGAGAGGUGUUUCUAGUUUUGAAAAUGUAUUUUAAUGUAAUCUACUUUCUCAAGCAAACAUUAAUUAGACCACGUAUUUCAAGAUUUCUUAUUUGUUUGUCUUGACCUUAAAAAACUUGCAUCCUGAAGUGUGUGUAUGUCACUGCUAUGUGUCUAUAAACAAUUUAAAAGUAGGUAUAAUGUUCACACAGAGGUGAGCAUCCUACAGUAUUUUAAGAAGGAGAAGGAGGAGAAAAAACUGAGGUUGCAUGGAUAGCUACUAGACACUGUAUAGUAUAUUCUAAAAUUCCCAUAGUAAAAAGACUGUUGGGCCAAUGGCAUUUCAUCAGAGUUUGCAGUGAAGCCAGUUCUGUGAUAACAAACAUUUGUUGCUUUCCUAGAUGUGAGAUGAAGUGACCACAGAACAGGGAUAUUGAGAGCCAGUCUCCCAGGAGGUCAGCAUGUCUGAAGCAGAGGCCUCCACCCAGCCAUCACACGCUGAAGGUCAGGUGUUUGUGAAGCAGGACACAUCAGGACCAGGAUUACCAGAGCUUCAGGAACACUGGCCCGGCCAGCAUGAAAGGAAACCGCAGGACCUGUUAGGUGACGCUGCUACUUGUUUAAAGUGUGAGAGCACUCUGUCAUCUUGUUGCUGCCAGACCCAAACUGUAGCCAGUGGAGAUCUUCUUCCUGGCACUUCAACUGAGUGGGUGCAAACAGAAGAGGAAACAGAUGGUUGUGGAGGGUCAGAUUUCCAGCAGCCCCUCUCUUCAGAUAGUGGGGACGGAAAUAAUACUAGUGAUGCUGAAUGGACGGAGAGUGGAGGAUCUAACUCCAGUUCAAACACAGUGAAGUCAAAGAAAAGGGCAAAGCGAAGACAAAACCGCCCCAUCUUGAACAUUAAGCAAAUGACAAAUCUAAGACCUUUUUGUUGUGCAAUGUGUGGAGAAUCUUUCCACUACAGGAGUUUAUUAAUGAAGCAUGUUAAAUCACAUGCAAACAAUGCAACUGGUCUCUGUCCCACAAACCAAGCGUCUACAGAAAGUGGGAUUGAACCCGACGAAAGACACAGGGAGGACAAUCUGUGUUAUGUCUGUGGCAAAACAUUUACCACAAGGUCCCAUUUAAAAAGGCACUUGCUGGUUCACACAGGUCAGAAACCACACUGUUGUAAAGAAUGUGGCAAAAGAUUUGCACGUGGUGAAUGUCUGAGAAUACACAUGAGGAUCCACACGGUGGACAAGCCAUACACAUGUGAAGUCUGUGGGAAAGGAUUCAAGCAGAGGGGCAACAUGAUGUGUCACAUAAGAACCCACACAGGAGAGAAACCCCAUCACUGUGGCAUCUGCUCCAGACCGUUUGCAUAUAAAAAGGACAUGAUGAGACACAUGCAAGUCCACGCAAAGACGACGUGAAAUCCCAUUGUGAGGUUUCAUUCACAUAAAAAAAAACAGCUGUCAGUGAUGUACUGUUGGGUCGAUCUUGUAUUAUUUUUCUUCAAAUAACUGACCCUAUGUAGACAGUGUGACGUCACACCUGGAUAUUUGCGAUGGACAUGAGAUUUUGUCUGUUGGAAAUGUUGCACUGAUCUAAGACAUUGAAGGUAAACAUUUUGGUAGAACAAAACAGCAUUUGUGCAACAGUGGAUGUUUUUUUUUUUUUAGGAUUGUGUCAAACAUAGGAUAGGGCAUUUAGCCAUUUAGGAUUGGGGAUUUGGGGAUUUAGGAUUGAGCCGUGCAUGCAAAUGAGGAGGCGUGGCCCAAAGGCUGCAGGGAGGGUUUGGAAGGGCUGAGGCACAGAGGCACUUUAUGGACUGCAGGGGGAGCUCUGACUGCUAGUGUUGUGUCGUUCAAUGAACGUUUCAUUCAUAAGA